AUGUCCCAAAAAUUAACAGACUUUCAAAAAAAGAGGCUUGAAAAUAUCAAAAGAAAUAAUCAACUAUUACAGCAAUUAAACUUAAAAUCCAUAUCUUCUAAGAUAAAAAUAGACGAACCUAAAGGGAAAGUACCACAAAAGAAAAAAGCGCAGACCUUAAAAAAAGCAGCAUCAAAAAAUAAAUCUAGACAUGUCAAGAGCCCAUCCAAAACACAACCUAUCAGAAGAUCCAAAAGAUUAAGGGGGGAAAGUGCAGAUUUAAACGGCGUUCCAAAUGUAAGUGAUACUCAAUUAUUUACCACUUUAAAAUCACAUGGUGUGCCAGAUGCUGAUGCUGCCGAAGAAUUGGAAGAUUUGAAAGAUACACGUGUUGUUGGGGAUGUUAAAAUCAGUGAUUUGAUAAAAAAUGAAGAUGGUGGGGAUGAACAAACUUUAUUAGCAAAAUUUAGGAACUUCCAAGAAAAAGGUUCUUCAGGUGAUUUCUUUGAAGAAUUAAGUAAAGCUAUUCCCGCUAAAACUCCUCAGAUCAAGCAAUUAAGAAAAGACUUUGAUUUAGAUUUAUAUGAAAUUUUUCAACCAACAGAUAUUAAAAUAUGCUACGAUCGUGUGUCUGCAUUAUACUUUUAUCCUGAUACCAGUUCUAAACUGAUAAUUGGUGGAGAUAUCUCUGGGCACUUGGGAUUUUGGAAAGUUCAAGAGAGUUUAGUUAAAGAUUAUGCGGAAGAAGAGCCCGAUAUUACGCGAUUUAAAUUGUUUAAUAAAAAUAUUGGUACUAUAGACAGUAUGCCUGCCGAUUUAAGUAAGAUUAUUGUAAGUUCUUAUGAUUCAGUAAUACGAACUAUUAACUUAAAUAAUUUGAAAAGUGAAGAAAUCUUAACUUUAAAUGAUGAGUACGGUAAUGAAAUGGGUAUAAGCGAUAUGCAUUUUGAUUACAUUAACCCUAAUGUGCUUUUCCUAAGUACCUUGACCGGGCUUUUCACCAGAUAUGAUUUACGAGAGAGGAAAAGGGAAACACUAUAUAGAUUAUCUGAUAAAAAGAUUGGUUCUUUCAGUAUUAACCCCGAGCGACAUCACGAAAUUGCCACAGGUUCUUUAGAUAGAACUCUGAAAAUUUGGGAUUUGAGAAAAAUCGUAAAAACACCUGAAUGGUCAAAGUAUGAAGAUUAUAAAAGUUGUGAUAUUAUAAGUACAUAUGACUCAAGAUUAUCUGUUUCUGCAGUUAGUUAUUCUCCAACUGAUCAAACAUUAGUAUGCAAUGGAUAUGAUGAUACAAUUAGAUUAUUCGACGUUAAAAAAAUUACUGGAACCGAUUUAGAACCUAGAGAAACAAUAAAACACAAUUGUCAAUCUGGGAGAUGGACAAGUAUUUUAAAAGCUCGAUUCAAACCAAAUAUGAAUGUCUUUGCUAUUGCUAACAUGGGAAGGGCUAUUGAUUUAUACACUAGCAAUGGUGAUCAACUGGCCCAUUUACAAACUAGAACGGUUCCAGCAGUUAUCUCAUGGCACCCGUACAAAAAUUGGAUAGCAGGUGGAAAUUCCAGUGGCCAAAUUUUCUUAUUUACGGACAAUGGAUCAGCAAAACCGAUAGAAGAGUAA